CCUUAUCCACAUGCGACCAUUAUGAGAAAUUCUCGUUGACUACUAUACUCAAUAAAUAAACAUUAAAAAUCUUUCAAAAACCUUAUUCCUAUUUAUUUACCUUCCACAUCCUCUUCAUUCUCAACCAUAUUCUAACUAACCACAACCCUUCUCUUGGAUCCAUCUCUUCCAUUUUUUAUUUUAUUUUGUCUUCUUAUUUUUAUGCCUUUCAAUUGAUUUUCAAUUUCCCCAGUUAGGGUUUAUAUUUGCAAUUCAUUUUUCUUAUUCAUUAUGGCGACAAGUUUUGACCGAUGGGAAAAAGAUCCAUUCUUCAACGCUGCUGAAGAAGUUCAGGAAUCUGCAGAUAGGAUGGAAUCUACAUUUAGGACAUGGGUUCAUGCCACCAAAGAUACUUCAAGCAUAUGGAACCCUAAUGAACUCAGAAGAGAUUUACUUACUACUCUUGGCACUGCUAAAUGGCAGUUAGAGGAAUUUCAACGAGAAACUAAGUCAAGUUAUAGUAGAAACUCUGGUAAUGAUGCAAGAACUAGGCACCGUGAUUUUAUCACUGCUAUGGAGGCUAAGAUAAAAAAGGUCGAGCUUUCGUUAAAUGAAGCCUUCCCUUUGGGUGGCAAGGCGUCUCGGCCGUGGGUGUGUUUGGACGAAGGAGAAAAAGAUGAGCUUGCUAUGUUUCUUUCAGGAAUGCCAGCAGCUGAAAGUAACAAUCAGCGAUUAUGUGAUAAAGAUUCUGUUGUUAAUUUUUCGAAGGAUUUUCAUGUUUCAUCUGGACGUGGCGAACCUAAGGAGGAUGUAUCACACGGGUUUCGUAGGGUAGCUAGUGCUAGUGCUGAUAUUGGUUAUUGGAAGAUUUCAGUUAACGAUGAUCCGCAUCAGUUGAGUUCCUCCAGUGGUUCUUCUGGUGGUCCAAUGCAUAAGGUGCCAAGUUUGUCGGGAUUUUUUACUUCUGUUGAAUCAAUCUCGAAAUUGAAGUGGCCGAAGAAUGGUUAUAGAAAACUGAAAACAGUGGAUCAUCAUAAAGAAACGGAUAGUGCACUAAUUCCAAUGAAUGAAUUGAAUAGGGGAAGCAAUAUCUGCCUCGAAAAGACUAAAAGUAACCUCGAUAGUUCUAAUGAAUGUUACGACAAGCAUCUCUAUGGAUGGUGUGGUGCUAUUCAGAGACAGCUUCAAAGAUCUCAAUAUCAAAUGCAAUACAGUCGGCUUGCACAAAUAACUGUUUCAAUUGUUUUUCUUCUCUGCUUGAUUGGUUUCGUACGGGUAUCAUACAAUUGUCAGACACCACGACACGCCAAGUCUGAGGUGACCGUGCUUCAUAGACUAUAGAAGCCUUGUCGCCAUCUCAAAGCUCUUGUUUAUCUUUUAAUUACAUUCCACAAGAUGUAGAAGGAAGUAGAAGUAAUAGAAGUAAGAUUUAUGAUAGCUGGCGGAAGCAUUAUGAUCGGACAGGUUUUAGAGCAUGUUUGGUUAUACGAUGUGAUGGUAUUUAUCGCAUCUCAUUGUUCGCAGAAUGUGAAUUUUCCAAAGCUCCAAAUAGUUGAAUUGAGUCAGCACACGGUGAUAGGCCGCAGAAACACAGAAGCACUUUUAUUCAAGUUCCUAAAGCCUAGGUUAGUUUUCAAUUUCUUAACCGAUUUGUUGACUAUUUCAAAGUUUACCGCAUCAUUCCCUUUUUUGCUAGUCAGUUUCAUUUUUCCUCUGCCCGUUUCAAAUUGUCGAUGAAGAGCUAUCUGUUGUACUAGCUUUGGAAAAGGGGGAUUGGCUUUUGAAAUGUUGUAAACUUGUAUAUAUCAUCCUACAUGUCUUUUGCAGCUAGAUUUGUGUAUUUGUUCCAACACUGUUAGUUUAGCAUGUAACUUCGACCCAUGUUUUAUCUUCAUUAGUGUGGUGCUUUAUAUAGAUUCAAUUCAAUGUUAAUAAAAAGUAUGUUCAAGCUUAA